CGGGCCCAAUAAAUUUGUGGAAAGGCGGGAACACUUGUAAGUUGUAAGUUGUAACGACUACUAGGCUCCGCUGCGAGCUGCUUACAGCUUCUCCUGGAAGCAGUCAUGAAGGAAGCCAGGCACACCUGCUUGAGACUUGAGAUCAAAGGGGGAGCAGAAAACGAGCGAACGGACGUGAUCUUCGUCAAAGGCACCUGGUUCGAGUCUCACUUCGACCUUGCCAUUACUAAUGGACUCCAUACUUGGAUUUGCAUCGCGCCGGAAGGUGAGGUUCGGGAGAGAGCGAGCCAAUGGGACCAACCGGUCUCCGAAUACAUUGAGACCGCCGAGAGGUAUCUAGGGUUUCAACAGCCAGGCUCCACUUACAGUUUCGUGGAUGCUGGAAAUGGACAGAAGAGAUUGUCAUGGACAUUUGAGAAGCAAGGAACAAAAUUAGAAUGGAGAUGGAAAUGUCAACCAUCGCCUGAUGAUAAGAAGACUACAAUUGGAACAUUGGAUUUUCUUAUGGAUGCAAACAUACGGUUAAGCGAAGAAGUUGUUAGAAAGACCCAGUUAUUUGAGAGAUUGAAAGUGGAAGCUGAAAAGUGCUUAGCACAAAGUGAGAAGUUCAGCAUUGAGAAGGAAGAGUUUGAAUCUGCAGUCUAUGCAAAGAUUAAGUUAACAGUUGUACUUGGGCAAAUGUUCAAAGCCUUACUGAUUGGCUGUCCUGAUGAACUCGAGAUGUCAACACAAUAUUUUGUUUCAGUAUUGAAUUCAAAAAAAGCAAAACUGAGAGAGCUUCGAGAUCGGCUUUCAAAGCAGGAGAAUACCAGUAAAUCGCCACAAGAAGAGGAUGGGUCCACCGACAAAACUGAGAGCUAUGACGAAGAAAGUGAUGCUGACAAGAGUGAUGAAGAUCAGUCGAAAAAUCUUGCUGGCACUUCCAAAAGUGUUGCAUCUUCCAAGCCGAGCAGUCGAAAGAGAUAAACACGCAAGUAGUUAUAUCUGUUGGCUAUAAAGUUUGGUGCUAUGAACUUUUUUCUUUUCCUAUUUUGCUUAUCGAGAAAAAAAAAAAAAAAAAAUCAACCUCUUUCUCUUCCUCUUCCCCUCUUAUUCGCCUUUGGGUUAUGUAUAUAAAAUACAAAUUUUAGGAAAAUUGUCUAAAAUUCAUCAUGACUUUUUUGCAUUUCUCUUGUACUCUCCAUAACUUUUCAAAUCAUCCAAGGAACCCCAUGUCAGUGAGUUUUAUUUUCCAAGAUUCACCAUUUGCUAGAGCACCAUUAAUAUAUUGACAGAAGUUGCCCAUGUUAGCUAAAUGCAAUUUUUAUGACCAAAUUGCCCCUAAAUGGCAAGUCAGCCUUAUUAAACAUAUUUGUAUGACUAAAAUGCCCUUAAGCACCCAAUUGCCUUAUAUAUAAGAUAAGUUUCUACUUGUUGAGAGACCUUUUGCUCUAAUUGUGCUGUUUGAAAGUACUCCAAGAAAGCUGAAAAAUGGGUUAACAAUGGUAUUUCUGAAAUAUUAAAAAAUGGGUCAAAUAUAACAAAGGGUAAAAUGGUAAUAUACUAACACUGACUAGUUUGUUUAAUGUCAAAUUAAUGAUAUGGGGCUCCUUAGAAGUUUUGAAAAGUUAUGGUUAGUUUAAGAGAAAUGCUGAAAAGUCGUGAUGAGUUUUAACAUUUAACUGAGUUGGCACAGCCAUGGUA